AUGGCGUCCAUAACGCAGCGAGCCUCGGCGGUUGAGACCCACGGGCCGAAGGUCAACAUCGUCAUCUGGCUGCUGAUGGCUCUCUCGGCCGUGUUCCUUGGUCUCCGCGUAUUCUGCAAGCUCGCGACCCAUCGGAGACUGUGGUGGGACGAUCACAUCCUGAUCGUGGGCUGGACCCUCCAACUCGCGGCGGUGAGUCUCAUCACCGUAAAUAUCACGCUGGGCUUCGGCAGGCAUGUCAUCGACAUCGACCCUGCCAAUAUCUCGCAGAUAGCCUUGAUCAGCAACGUCGUCACGACGCUGUCCAUGCUGGCGGCCGUCUUGACCAAAACGUCCUUCGGCCUCACGCUGCUGCGCAUCAGCGACGGCUACAUGAAACUGUUCAUCUGGGUGGCCAUUUGCAUCAUGAACAUCGCCAUGGGGCUGGGAGCCCUUUUCCAAUGGGUUCAGUGCACCCCGGCACGCAAGGUCUGGGAUUUCUCAGUGCCCGGGACGUGCUGGGACCAGAAUGCCAUGACUGCGUACGCCAUCUUCGCGGCUGCCAUUUCCGGGGCAAUGGAUGCCACGCUCUCGCUUCUGCCCUGGAAGAUUAUCUGAAACUUGCAGAUGAAGACCAAGGAGAAACUCGGCGUCGCCCUUGGGAUGAGCAUGGGAAUCUUGUGAGGAGAAGCCCUUACCGUUCUUUCCGUCUUGCACGUUCGGCUAAUGCCCUCAAAAGUGCCGCAUCGACUGCCUUCGUCAAGUGUAGC